AGGGUUAGGGUUAGGUGAGGGUUUAGGGUUAAGGUUAAGGUUUAGGGUUAGUUGAGGGUUAAGGUUUGGGGUUAGGUGAGGGUUAAGGUUGGGGUUUGGAUGCUAACAUACGAGUUUUUAAAUCAUGUCAAAGAAGAAUAUCCACUGUAAUUUAUUACUUUCUUUUAAUAUUUUUUUACUUUAUGCUGUCUUCUGAUUGACUAAUAAUGGAAAUUGCUCAAACGCUUCUGAUUGGCUCGUCCCUAAAUUAGAGUCUCGCCGUCCUAUCUGUUGUAACCUCUCAUUAAUCACCUACUCUCUAAAAUCCGCUGUGAACCGAUCGUAUGUUAGCAGCGGGUGUUGAACUUGGCUCCGUGACCUUGAAAUCGCUCAAACGCUUCUGAUUGGCUCGUCCCUAAAUUAGAGUCUCGCCGGAAUGUGUCUUCUAUAGUACCUCUGUCGAGAAUGGCGUGGCAAAUAUAAUCGAUUUUAAUCGAAAGACCAAACCUUGUAAAAAGUGAGUUGCGUUCAGGAAGUUUGGGGGGUGGAAUAAAUUUUGUUAGAAAAUUAGGUACAAGUUACUCUGAGAAACAUGUGGGAUACUAUGAUUUGCCGAAUUGAUGUCGACUAUGAAUUUCACACAAUCUAGAGGAAAAUGUUACUCUAACAAUUGAUUUUUUGCCAUUAUAUUACAGAAAAUGUUUCUGUUCCAUAGAAUUUGACUACAUGUCUAUUAGUUCAUUAUUUGGACAACUUCUGUUCGAUAAGUUUUAAAAGUCAGAGAUGACUGGCUAUAACCCUACAUAGUGUACUUAACAGGAAGAGGUGGUAGUUAAAACGGUUUGGUAAAGUAAUUAUAGAUUGCCAUUGUUAUUCUGGGUGGUACUGAGAUUUCAAUUCCUCCAUCUGCUUUAUGGCAAGCAGCAAAUGAAAGUACAACACUAAGGUCGAUCUUCGGCACUUGUUUGACGUCCAUAGUUGAUAGUUCAUAUGAUAUGAGGGAAUUUUUUCGACGAAUGCGUUUUCUGUACAACUUGUGCGUAGUUAAAUUUAUGUAUCGUCUGAGCUGUAUGUUCACUCUCCUAUCCUACCUCAGACGUUAUACUGGUUCAAUAUUUUGAUAAAGUUCUGCUUUUGGUGUAAUAGUGUUGUAGUUUCUACUCGAGAAUCAGCUCAUAGAGAACAUGAGUAACAGAAAUUGGGGUAGCUUUCAGGUUAAUCUCCACUUCUAACUAAUUCAUUUGAUAUGAAGCAGUUAAUCAGACUGCGGUUCAAAAAUAUACUCUCGUAAAAAAUUUAAACCAAAUAAAUAUACGUAGUUACUUAGUUGACUUACGCCUGUUACCUCCCAUCGGCAUUCUCCAUCGAACUCUGUCUUGAGCAGCCCUUUUCAGUUGCUAUUCGUCUUUUUAAUAUCUGCUUCUAAUUCUCGGUGCAGUGUGUUCUUUGGCCUUCCUCUUCCCGUUUCUCCUCAGAAUUCCAAUCUAGCGAUGGUUUCAUGAUGCAGUUUGAGGAUUUCCGCAAUGUAUGUCCUGUCCACUCCCACCGCCUUUUCUUAAUUUCCUCUUCAGCUGGAGGUUGGUGUGUUCUCUCACAUAGUAGGCUGUUGCUGAUGGUAUCCGACCAACGGACAUUCAUUAUCUUGCGUAGAAGACAUAAUUAGUACAUCAUUCACACAUUUCUGACUUGGAAAGUCUGUACCCUACUCCAAUUUUAAGUCACAUUCGGAAACGGACUUUGAAACUACCCACUUUCUUACUGAGACAUUACCUGCUGAAUAUUGAGGCUUCAGGGCCAGUGUCUCCGCUAGCUUCUGUUGCUAAGCUUCGGCCAGUGAUGAAGGCAGUGCUACUCGUAAAAAUCAUAUAAUAAAGGGAACUGUUUUCGUGAUUGUUAUUUUUUAUUUUAGCAUUUUGGUCUCAGCAGUCCGUUUCUCCGGAUCCGUCAGCAUGGAUCAUUUUAUCAUUGGCAAAGAAUUAUCUGCACAUUCUGACGUUUCUUACGAAACUAAAUUAAAAAAGUGUAAACGUAAAUGUUUGUUCGAACCCAUUUCAGAAAAUGAAAUUGAUAAAGCUUAUGCGGAAUUACUGUCAGGUCUAUCUCAAGAGUUCGCCCGUGCUUCAGCACGCCUAUCCAAAGGCGUAAUCGAAAACGGUCGAGUUCGUCUUUCACAAAUAUGUGGGAAGUAUUUCCGUAUAAUGGGUUUCUCUCUUGAUGGCUCAUCUUAUCUUCAUCCAGAAGAAGCAUUAUACCUUGCUGAAUGUAAUAAAAUCCAAGUACUUGUUAGUGGUUUACCACUGAGUAUUCAAGAACUUUACGAUCAGCUUUUAAACAAUGAAACAUAUCCAUACUAUCUGGCCUACUCUCGAUUAUCACGAUUAAAUUUCAGUCUUCGAAAACGAGCAAAUUUUGACCUACAGUCAUAUUACCACUGUGUGACAGAUAAAUUAUUUAAAAUUCCAAAAUCAAUUAACGUUUCAAUUACAACCUAUCCACUUUUAAACCAAGAAUAUAGAAAACCUAUCGGAAAGAGAAAGUUUAUAGACUUUCAACCACUUAUUAAUCAUAAUAAAAUACAUUCUAUCACCGAUCUUAUGCAUAAUUUACAAGAGAUUGUACAACCUGCCAGUGAUAAAUCUGUUAAGUCAACGAAGGAUUUAAAUCUACUCUAUGAUAUUUAUGGAAACAAUCAUACAGAGAAAAGACGUAUUAUUAACUUCUCUAAACGCUCCCCUCCUCAUCCUGAUUAUGUUUUAUCUGUUUUGUCACCAAAACAAAUAUACCCAGACAUAGAUUCUAAAAGUUUGGUAAAAGUUGGUCUACAGCCAGAUACAUCUGUUCUUAUAUGCAUGGUAGAUGGAUGUGAUGUUUCAUUCUAUAUAACCAACUGUUUUGCAAUUCCAAAUAUUAAUUUUCAAGUAACUCGUCAAGAAAAUAUGGCGUGGAUUUAGACUAAAUAAAAGAUGAUUUGUGUACACUUGCUUUUUUUCAUACAAUAAACUCAAGUCAAUCACUUCAAAAUCUUGUCGUUAUUAGUUUUACCAGUUUCACGUUCAUUUUAUCCAGUGAAUAAGCGAUGGGUUCACCUUUAGAUCCUAUUCUUAUUCAACUUUUUUCUCGUGAAACUAAAAAUUGAACCUCUCAAGGAAGUGAUUGAUAAGCUUAACUUUUGUUGCCGUCGGAUUGAUAACAGCUUCAUCAUCGUUGAUCAGAACAUCAGAAAAAAUCUCUUAGGGCGAUUUAAAAAAAUACACUCAGAAAUCAGGUGUGUGUGUGGGAAUUGGAUAACAAGUUGCAUUUCUUUUAUGUUGUGUUAAACAGAAAAGAAAAUGUUCCUAUCAGUAGAAAUCUAUAUAGGAAAAGUUCUUCAAUAAGCAAGUACACACACUUUCUGAAAUUUGUACCCAUUCGUCACAAGAUAAACCCAGUUAGAUGUCUUGCAAGUAGAACUAGGGAGAUAUGCUCAGACAACACCAUAAACAAAGAACUAGAGCACAUUCAUAAUAUGUUGAGUAAAAUGGGUUAUGUACAAAGUUUUCUUAAACUCGUAUAUAAUGAAUCAGGAAAUAGCAACAUAGAUGGUUAGUAAGAAACCUCUCUUCCUGAAGCUACAAUUCAAUGGAGAUACAGAUAGCGAUGUACUACGAGAUAACUUUACUAAAGCAAUAAAAAUGUUGUUUAAUUCAGAUAACCUCUAUAUAUCGUUUUCUAGCCGACCUAUGGUGGUUCCUCAACUAAAGAAUAAGUUGCCUGGUUCUGUCACAUCAAUGUAUAUCUACGAAUCCAGCUGCUCCUGUGGAAAAGGCUAUAUCAGACGUAUAACCAAACAGCUGGGUGAACGAGCUGAUGAACAACUCCCUUCAUGUUUAGGAAAGAAUAUGCUCAAAACGCAGGUCUAAUCUGUCCCACUUUCUCGAUAGCGGUCAUUUUGUGAAUAGAAACAAAUCAUUCCAAGUAAUUUAUCGUACACCAAUCGGCUUUCUUUGUAGUGUUCGAUCUCCUCUCUUACACAGCAGAAGCCAUAGUGAUUGAGCUAACAAUCCACACCUCUGUGUUCAUAAGAAAUUCGUAACACCCUUAUCUCUACCUUGGUCGAAUAAGCCUUUACAAACGACUUUACUUAUAUAAUUAAAACCAAGAACCGAUCAAUGUUAGGCUACUAUUGGAAAUUUGGAAGCACUGGACAACUGUUUCGUCCUAGUAUGGGAUUCCUUGGCAUUGCGUGUCCACCUUCAGUGCUUCCAUGUUUUCAAUGGUGAUGUAAAAUAGAUCGGUUCAGGGUUUUAAUGAAAUUCAAUUAUCUCCGCAACCCAUCCUGAACAUUUUAUUUAUUAUUAACUGCAAUAAUUUUAAGUUGCUUAUUUUUCACUCAGUGUCUUCAAAUAUGCUCUUCACUGUCCAAUCAUCCGAACAUUGCGUAACUUCGUGAUUUUUAGUGAAUGUUAUUUCAGUAUCUCUCUUUUCAAGUCGGACUAAUUUCUAUCAUGAAACAUUGAUUGAAGCCCGUCUUAUCUUAACUAGUACACCUGUCAUCAAACUAUCAAUUUUUACUUUCCACUUUUCUAAGAACUUAUUAGUACAAAACCAAAUACUCGCACAAGGACUUCAUCAGCAGCAUAUUUACAAUUGACGAAUAUCUGGAACUCAAAACAAUUGUCAACCAAUACCAAAGUCAGAAUUUUCAAUACAAAUGUCGAGACAGUUCUGCUGUAUGGGGCAGAAACCUGGAGAUCUACGAAAGCCAUCAUCCAGAAGAUACAAGUGUUUAUUAACAGUUGUCUACACAAAAUACUUCGGAUGAACAAAAAUUGGAUAGAACUAGAAAGGAAGGCCCAAGACAGAGUGGGUUGGAAAAUACUGGUCGGCGGCCUAUGCUCCACUGGGAGUAACAGGCGUAAGGUUUUGUAUAUUCAGCCAUCCUGAUGUAAUAUCUGCAUUUGUACGGUGUUCAAAUAAAAAUUAAAGAACGUUCGCCCGUGUCUACAUUGUACUGUUACUAAUAUGAUAACGAAAUAGAGGCCUGUUUCAAAAUCUGGGGUAUCUGUUCCUGCCAUCUAGAUAUUUCAACAAGUUAUCUGUUUCAUUGUUUAUUUUGACAGAUGAUUAUGUCAAUUAAUUGCAAAACUUAUUCAGGUGCAUUUGUGAAAAGUUUACGACCUUUCUCGGUACAAGUUACGAAAAUGUACAAUCGGAAAUAUCGUGAUUGUUAGCAAUAUGGAUUGAAAAGAAUGAACAUUAUUCAGAUGUCGAUUUCUGUAAUGCUAACGUCUAACUGGCUAUUGCUCAAUAUUUAUCAUCAAUAUCAAUCAACAAAUAAGAAACGGAA